ACCCACGGGGAGUUGCCUGUCCCUUUAAUUGGCAUGUACCAAAUCCUUCCAGGUUGCAUUUCCUCCAUGAGUCCUAGACGUUAGAGCUCCUUCGUCGAAGAUCCAACACGAGGGAAUGUGGAGACGGUGUUGUAUUUUACGGGAGUUCUGGGCCAACAGGGAGUGAGAGAGGGUAGGGAGGAGAAGCGCGCCGUUGCGGCCCUCCCCGCCUCGCGCGGUAGUCCAGUCCCAAGAUGGCGGCCACCAUGAAGAAGGCGGCUGCGGAAGAUGUCAACGUUACUUUUGAAGAUCAACAAAAGAUAAACAAAUUUGCACGGAAUACAAGUAGAAUCACAGAGCUGAAGGAGGAAAUAGAUGUAAAAAAGAAACAACUCCAGAAUUUAGAAGAUGCUUGUGAAGACAUCAUGCUUGCAGAUGACGACUGCGUGAUGAUACCUUACCAAAUCGGUGAUGUUUUCAUUAGCCAUUCUCAGGAGGAAACACAAGACAUGUUAGAAGAAGCAAAGAAAAAUUUGCAAGAAGAAAUUGACGCCUUAGAAUCCAGAGUGGAAUCAAUUCAGCGGGUGUUAGCAGAUUUGAAAGUUCAAUUAUAUGCAAAAUUUGGGAGCAACAUAAACCUUGAAGCUGACGAAAGUUAAACAUUUUAUAAUACUUUUUAAAAUUUGUUUAAUAAACUUGAAUAUUGU